AUGAGUAAGGAGAGCGAUAUGAUUUUAAAAAAAACCUUAAAAAUGGAGAAUGUGAACACUAACUCUCCUUCUGUGCUCGAGCUAGAACAUGACCAAAUACCUUCACCACCAUCUCCUUCUGCUUCUUCAACAACAGAAACAGGAGGAUGGAGAUCCGUCAGAUAUAUCAUCGGUAACGAGUCGUUCGAGAAAUUGGCAUCCAUGAGUUUGAUAUCAAAUCUAACAGUGUACCUGCUAACGGAAUACAACCUGAGUGGCAUAUUCGUGGUUAAUGUGGUACAACUUUGGAAUGGAUCCUCCAACAUUGCAUCAAUAAUUGGUGCUUUUAUCUCUGAUACUUAUCUGGGCAGAUUCCGCACCCUCUUCUAUGGCUCUAUUGCAUCGCUUCUGGGUAUAUUGACCAUUACCCUAACAGCAGGUAUACAUCAAUUGAGACCUCUUAACUGCAAGGACCGACCCUAUUGUGAAAAGCCAAAAGGAUGGCAACUAGGGGUCCUCUUUGGAGGUCUUGGACUGUUAUCCAUAGGCGCUGGGGGCAUUAGACCCUGCAACAUUGCUUUUGGUGCUGAUCAGUUUGACACCAAUACAGAGAAGGGUAGGGGACAAUUGGAGAGCUUCUUCAAUUGGUGGUACUUCACUUUUACAAUUGCACUUGUUGUAGCACUCACUGGUGUUGUCUAUGUUCAAACAAAUGUAAGCUGGACCUUGGGGUUUGCCAUUCCAACUCUUUGUCUUGCUUUCUCAAUAAGCAUCUUCCUGCUUGGCCGCAAUACUUACAUUUGCAAGAAACCUAGAGGUAGCAUCUUCUCAGACAUGGCCAAGGUGAUUGUAGCAGCUUAUAGAAAGCGCAACCUACAAGCUUCUGGGAGAACCUUUUAUAAUCCUGCUCCUACAUUUGGGGAAUCAUAUCUUCUUGUUCAGACAGAUAGGUUCAAAUUCUUUGAUAAGGCUGCUAUAAUAGUUGAUCCAAGUGAAUUGAAUGACCAAGGAAUGCCAAGGAAUGCUUGGAGACUUUGUAGUUUGCAACAAGUGGAACACCUCAAAUGCUUGCUAGGAAUUCUGCCAGUAUGGGUAACAGGAAUUUGUGGUUUCAUUGUUAUGGAUCAGCAGAACACUUUUGGGGUCCUUCAAGUUAUACAAUCCAAAAGGUCCAUUGGACCCCAUUUCAAGAUUCCACCUGGGUGGAUGAACCUGAUAUCAAUGAUAGCACUUUCAUUAUGGAUAUACAUUUAUGAGUGCAUCUACAUUCCUCUAGCAAGGAAAACCAGAAAAAGGACUACAAGAUUGACCAUAAGGCAAAGAAUCAGAAUUGGGAUCUUGUUAUCCAUCCUAUGCAUGUUGGUAGCAGCAGUUGUUGAGAAGAAGCGGCGUGACUUAGCUUUAAGAUUUGACUCAUUUAUUUCACCCAUGAGCUUUGUGUUGCUCUUGCCACAGUUUGCACUAUCAGGUCUAAAUGAAGCCUUUGCUGCUGUUUCUAUAAUGGAAUUCUUUACCUUGCAAAUGCCAGAGAGCAUGAGGACUGUUGCUGGGGCAGUCUUCUUUCUAAGCUUGUCCAUUGCAAACUACACAGGUUCCUUGAUUGUGAAUAUUGUCCAUAAAGCAACAUCGCAAAGAGGAAAAAAACCAUGGCUAGGGGGUCAUGAUUUAAAUCAGAACAGGCUUGACUACUACUAUUAUAUCAUUGCUGCCUUGGGAGCUUUGAAUUUUUUCUACUUCAAUUUCUUUGCUAGCAGUUAUUUGAUGAGCAGCAAAGGUACUACUGGGACAACAGAGGUGCAGCCAGGGAUGGGAGAAUCAUCUGAACCAUAUGAUGAGGAGAAGGUAUUGGACAUAACAGGCACUGGAGAAAGGCCACCUGUUAGAGUUUAA